GUCGACAGUGAGUUUCGGGCAUGUCAAACGUAAGAUGAAGAUUCGUAAGUUGAUCUGAGGUAGUGCAGAUAUUAAGUUUUAUUCAUGGUUCCUGGCAUUGGUUUGAUCUGAAAUGUUAUUAUUUGCAGGUUAUUUUGUAAGAUUGCUAAUAAAUACAUGUAGUUGUUGGCAGCUGCGUAAGUGGUAAACGUGUUAAGUUUCAACCUGAAUGGCUAGCUGACCAGGUAACCGUUUUUUAUCUACGUCACAUGUGGGGACGAAUGUUUCUGAAGCCUGUUGGAAUUGGGAAAAUUUGUCGAAUUUUGGAUUACAGAGCACUGUUCACCAUGCAACUAAAAACAAAAGAGUUUGAGUCCUUGUUCACGGACGGACUUAAUGGAAUAGCAGACAUCUUUAAGAAGCAUCAGUUUGAGCUCCGGAUAGCUGGGGGUGCCGUGAGAGACCUCCUUUCUGGGAUGCGGCCUGAAGAUGUAGACUUUGCUACCACAGCCACACCUGAUGAAAUGAAGAGCAUGUUCCAGGCAGGAGGUGUCAGGAUGAUCAACAAUAAAGGAGAGAAGCACGGCACCAUCACUGCCAGGCUCCACAACGAGAACUUUGAAGUGACCACACUGCGCGUGGACGUGCAAACAGAUGGACGACACGCUGAGGUGGAGUUCACCACGGACUGGCAGAAGGAUGCAGAGCGCAGGGAUCUUACCAUAAACUCCAUGUUCCUCGGCUUAGAUGGGACUUUGUACGAUUAUUUCAACGGCUAUGAGGACCUCCAAAACCGAAAGGUCAGAUUUGUGGGCAGUGCAGCUCAGAGGAUCCAGGAGGACUACCUACGGAUUUUACGCUAUUUUAGGUUCUACGGCCGUAUUGCUACACAACCUGGGCAGCACGAGCCUGAUACGCUCCAGGCUAUCAGGGACAAUGCCAGUGGACUGGCGUCCAUCUCCGGAGAGCGUAUCUGGGUUGAGUUGAAGAAGAUGUUGGUGGGAAAUCAUGCUGCCCACCUGCUAGAUCUUAUUUAUGAGCUAGGCGUUGCCCAGUUCAUUGGCCUGCCAGAAGGUGGCAACGUGGAGGAGUUGAAGUCUGUGUGGCAGAGGUCCCAUGGCUGGUCAGCCAAGCCCAUGACCCUCUUGUCUGCGCUUUUCUGCUGCUCUAAUGAUGUGGACAAGCUGGACCUGAGGCUGAAGAUUUCCAAAGAAGAGAAAAACCUGGGCCUCUUCCUGGUGAAGUACAGGAACAAGCUUCUGAAGGCCCAGGAUGAACCACAAGCCCUCAUUCCGUACACCGACUUCAUAAUUGAUUCCAGGGAGCCAGAUGUUCAGCUGAAGGUUUGUGAACUCUUGAAGUAUCAAGGUGAGGGACAGCUGCUGUAUGAGAUGAAACGAUGGACCAUCCCUCGCUUCCCCGUUAGUGGGCACGACCUUCGCAAAAUGGGCAUCACAUCAGGCAAGGAGAUUGGGACUGUCCUGCAGAACCUGAGAGAAAUCUGGAAGAAGAGCCGCUACCAGAUGGACAAGGAGGAGCUUCUGAGCCAAGUGAACAGAUCAUGAUGUGGAACUGCGGUUCACAAAAGCAGGUUGUGACCUACAGGAAGGCUGUGUACUGAUGUGGGAGCUCCGUCUGGGCUCGACCUGUCGGCAGGCUGGAGAAGACGGUGGAAGAGCAGAUCUGUGUCACACAGAGGGCCUCACUCUGUGGGCUCCCACAAACCUUGCUCUGUGCCGCUUUGCUUUCCGUCUGUUGUGGUUUCACAGCAGUCCUGUGAUCCAUCGAGAAGAUCUGAUGGCGUUCCAGAGAACUUUUUUCAUGUCUGCUGCUCCAUAUAAUUUUACAGGUUUACGCAUCAGGAGGUAUAUUGUUAUUUCAGAAAAAUAAUUUUUAAGAGAAAUCUGGCUACCAGUUACCAGUUGGUACUUUUGCUUGUCACUGGGGCUGUAUCCUCAAGGGUCUGCCAAUUGUACCUUAUAGCUGUAGGUAAAUAUACCUUUUAAGUUACAGAAAUGGACUCUGAGGAACAUCCCCAAGGUACACACAAUAUUAUUGUACCCCCAAUGGUACAAAAAUGUUCCUCAUAGCCCAUUUCUGUAUCUUAAGAGGUACAUUUACCCUUGAGGGUGCAGCCCCAGUGACAAGCAAAGGUACAAAUCUGUACCCUUUUUUGUUAAACCAUACUGUGUCAGAUUAAUGGAAAGCAUGACUUUAAUAUAAAAUAAUUAACUGUCUUUUUGUGUUCAGUUUUUUAUAUCUGAAAGUUCAUGCAUUUUCAUUUUUUCAGUAGCUAUUUAUUUUGUGCACACCUGUUCCCAGGAGGCACCUAAGAUCUGACGUCGUUCUAUUACCCUCUAUAAUUAAACA